GGUAUGAAUUGUUGUGGAGAAAUGAAGUAUGGAGGAGAGUUUAUCCGAACAAAAUUAGUUUAUACUUCAUUAAUAGUUUUCUCUCCAUUUACUUUCCCUUUACAAAUCCCUAUCCGAACUUAUUAUUCAAAUAUAGCCUAAAGGUUUGUGGAAAAUGUACACACCCAAAAGAAUAUGCAGAAAAUAAAGUGCAUGAUAUAGAUUCAAACUUAGAGUGGUGUGGGCUACACUGAGACUAAAUUAAAUCUUGUUAGCACAUUUCAUAUUUGGGGUAGUUAUUCUAGGUGUGUAGUAUUACUGCAAUGUUUGUUGUGAUUCUUCUUUACUGAUCGAUUUUGUGCUCCAAUUAUUCGAGAACUGGAUUGAUCAUGGAAAAGAGAAUGGAGCUAACCAAUGUAAUCCUGAAUGUGAUAAAUUGGAAGCUGCACAUUUAUUGUUACUGAGAAGUUGCUGCUCUAAAUGCUCUCAAAGAAAUCUGGAACAACACACCACUCAAUUGGGUUGGAUCGGAUCCAUGUGGCGACAGUUGGGAAGGAAUUCGUUGCACCAAUUCACGUGUGACAUCUAUAACAUUAGCCAGCAUGGGAUUGACUGGUCAGCUGUCCGGAGACAUUCAAGGGUUGUCUGAAUUACGGACUUUGGAUCUAUCAUACAACAACGGUUUGACAGGAUCUCUUCCUCGAUCAAUUGGAAAUUUGACUAAGUUAUCAAACCUAAUCCUGGUUGGUUGCAGUUUCAGUGGUCCAAUUCCAGAGACAAUAGGAUCUCUGCAGCAACUGAGCAUUUUGUCUCUGCCUUCCAACAGCUUCAGUGGACCAAUUCCACCUUCAAUUGGUAAUCUCUCUAAUCUUUAUUGGCUGGAUCUGAGUGUCAAUAAGCUUUCUGGAACUAUCCCUGUCUCACCUGGUCUGGAUAUGCUGGUUAAUGCAAAACACUUUCAUUGUGGAAGAAAUCAGUUCUCUGGUGAAAUCCCAUCUCAACUUUUCAAUGCAAAUAUGUCUCUGAUACAUGUGCUUUUUGGUAAGAACAAACUCAGUGGCAAGAUUCCUUCAACGCUAGGGCUAGUGAAGACUUUGGAGAUAUUGUUCUUGUCAAACAAUCAACUGACUGGCCCCUUUCCAGAUCUUACUGGCUUGAAUUCUCUCAACCACGUGGAUUUAAGCAAUAAUACUUUUGACAAGUCAGAUUUCCCUCCAUGGCUUGGAACCUUACAGUCUUUGGAAACAUUAAUGAUGGAAGACACAGGACUUGAAGGUCAAAUUCCAAAUGUCUUCUUCAGCCUUCCACUGUUAAGAAAAGUUGUAUUGAGGAACAACAAGCUUAAUGGCACUUUGGUUGUCAACUCCAACAAUAGCAACCACUUGCAACUUAUAGAUUUGCAGAACAAUUACAUAACUGACUAUAUGGUGGGAAAGCGAUUUAACUCUGAGUUAAUACUUGUAGGAAAUCCAGUUUGCGAGGGCGCACAAGGGACAGAACCAUACUGCAUCAUUCAACAGUCAAAUUCCUCAUAUUCAACAGAACCAAAGACUUGUAUGCAAGUUACAUGCAAGUCACAUCAAAUAUCCAGCCCCAACUGUAGAUGUGCUUAUCCAUAUACGGGUUUGCUAAUUCUCGGAGCUCCUUCCUUUAACGUUAGAAACUCAAAUAUCUACACAUCUCUCGAGAAUUAUCUGAUGCGUUCUUUUCAGUCCUAUCAACUCCCUGUGGAUUCAGUUUCUCUGAGUAAAAAUCCAGAUGAUUCUUUCAUCAUUCUAAGCUUAGAAGUUUUUCCAUAUGGCGUAGAGCGUUUUGAUCGAACUGGAAUUUCUGGGAUUGCGUUUGUGCUGUCCAACAUGACUUUCCAUCCUAUGAAGCCUUUUGGGCCCUUGUUUUUCAUUGCAGACCCAUAUUCAUAUUUUGCAGGAACUAAGAAGUCAUCAAAUGCUGGCAUUAUCGGAGUGGCAGUUGGUUGUUCUUUGCUUGUGUUAUUGUGUCUCCUUGCAGGAAUUUAUGCUUUCCAUCAAAAGAGAAGAGCUGAAAUUUCUGAUAAGCAGAACAAUCCUUUUGCUUCUUGGCACCGAAAUGAAAGCAAUGGUGGUGCUCCUCAAUUAAAAGGAGCUAGGUGUUUCUCAUUUGAAGAGCUUAAGAAAUACACAAACACUUUCUCAGAUGCCAACUGUAUUGGAGUUGGUGGCUACGGAAAGGUAUAUAGAGGAACUCUUCCCAGUGAGCAACUGGUUGCCAUCAAGAGGGCUAAACAAGGAUCUACGCAGGGUGAUCUUGAAUUUAAAAGUGAGCUUGAGCUUCUAUCCAGGGUUCAUCAUAAGAAUGUUGUCAGCCUUGUGGGUUUCUGUUUUGAGCAAGACGAACAAAUGUUGGUGUAUGAGUAUAUUGCAAAUGGUACACUGAAGGAGUCUCUUUCAGGGAAAUCUGGACUCAGGCUGGAUUGGAUGAGGAGACUUCGAAUAGCCCUUGGAGCAGCAAGAGGUUUGCAAUAUCUACAUGAGCUUGCCAACCCUCCAAUCAUACAUAGGGACAUCAAAUCAAACAAUAUCUUACUAGAUGAAUACUUGAAUGCAAAAGUUUCUGAUUUUGGCCUGUCCAAGAGUAUUGGUGACCCUGAAAACUGUCAUAUUACCACCCAAAUCAAGGGGACAAUGGGCUACUUGGAUCCUGAAUAUUGCAUGACUCAACAGUUGACUGAGAAGAGUGACGUUUAUGGCUUUGGAGUGCUAAUGAUUGAGCUGAUAACUGCGAAACAGCCGAUCGAGAAAGGCAAAUACAUUGUAAGAGAGGUAAGGCAGAAAAUAGACGAGACAAAGGAUCUAUACGAUCUUCAUGAGAUUAUCGAUCCAAACAUUUUGGGCACCGCAUUGAAAGGUUUAGAGAAAUUUGUGGAUUUGGCAAUGAGGUGUGUCGAAGAAGAAGGAGCUGCGAGGCCUACAAUGGGUGAGGUGGUAAAAGAGAUUGAGAACAUCAUGCAAAUUGCCAGUUGGAACCCUAAUGCUGACUCAGUGUCCACUUCAGUCUGUUAUGAAGAGACUAGCAACCAUCCUUACAUCGAAGAAAGCCUCAUUAUGUAUAGCAGGACCUUGGCAUGUUAAAUGUUAGUGCCCCGGUAAGUAUUAUUAAACAUUUUCGUGUAGAACAUGUGAUGAAUUCUUGGCUUUUCUUUCUUUUGUUGGACGGUCUUAGGUGUGUUGCUUGUCUGGUAGACUAUGAAGACAGAAAGAGAAAAGUGAAAUGAAAUCAAAAUAUUGAUGCACAUAUUGUGUGUAUAUUAGGCUAA